UUGAGUGUGACACCCAACACAAAAAAGUUAGAUCCGCUGAGAAAACAAACUCCUGCUGCCUGAGACACACAUUGAAAGAGUGAAUCCAGCGGUUGUGAACAUGUCAUGGCGGCGCUGAGCCACAGGAUCCCCUCUGUUCUCAGGUGUGAGGAGGCACGAGAGAAGAAGAAGGAGAAGAAGAGGAGUCUGAGGAAACAUGUCUGAGCUGAGCGACGAGGCCAGUGAGUCCGAGCAGCUGGGGGUCAGCCUCUCCCUGUGGCUAGGAGAGUCCCUGGUGCGACCCGAGGAGCUGGACGUGCCCCUGGACCUCCACACCGCCUGCUCCAUCGGCCAGUACGACGUGGUGGCAGAGUGCAUCAAGAAACGUGAGGUGAAUCUGGACGGCAAGAACAUUGGAGGAUGGACCCCGCUCAUGUAUGCAGCGUACAUCGGACACGACAACAUCGCGAAUCUCCUGCUGGAGGCCGGCGUGAACGUCAACGCCACCACUGCCAAAGGUCUAAACCCACUGAUGCUGGCAGCCAGCUGUGGCAAUGAAAGCAUCGCAUACUUCCUGCUUCAGCAUGGUGCGGAGUUGGAGCUGAAGGACUCUCUGGGCUGGACGGCGCUGUUACACUGCACGAGCACCGGCCACCAGCAGAUGGUCAAGUUCCUGCUGGACAACAAGGCUGACGCCAAUGUCAAGGAGCCAGGGUCUGGUUUCACUCCCCUGAUGGAGGCUGCUGCUUCUGGACAUGAGAUUAUACUUCAGUACCUGCUUGAUCACAAAGUUAAAGUAGAUGACCGCAAUGCUAAGGGAGAGACUGCCCGUGCCAUAGCAAUGAUGUACGGCUACACCAAGAUCGUCAGCCUCAUUGACUCACGUUCUCCAAGAAGCAAACCAGGACACUUUGAAGACCUGAGCUCCUCUGAAGACUCCGACAGUGCACCCCCGAGGAUAAGGCCCAGUCGAAACCGAGCCAAAGGCAUUAGCAUCCACGAUGGGCCCCAGGCCAUCGCCAAGUUUCGAGUAGGAGGCCCCAGCAAACUGUGUGAGCCUCCUGCUGUGCCGCCAGGCUACAUGACCUUCCGUGAUAUUGGUGAACAGACUGAGGGCCUCUGCUACCGGGACGUUACCUCGCCUAUCAAUGAGCUGGACGGCCAGAGCAGCAGCAGCAGAGAUGAUAGUCCAUUCUUUGACAAUGACAUGCCCACCAUGAGGAGCAGCAGUAGCAGCAGUGAAGGCCCGCCUCACGUGGUCGGCCUCAACUGGGAAGGCUCUGUGGAAAGUAACGAGGACUCCGACCAAUGCAAAAAGAGCAGCUCUCGUCGAGUAAAUAAGGGCUAUCACUCAAAAGGCAAGGGUCGCCAUGGAAUCAGCGAGGCAGCUCACUCCAGUGCUACAGGGAACUGUGGGAUCCGCCCGCAUGUUGUUCCUCCACCUUCCUACUCUGGUCCAAAGGAUCUGGCCGAUUUCUUGGAGCAAAUCGGCUUCUCCAAGUAUCUCCCAUUACUUGUGGAGCAAGACAUUGAUCUGCGGAUAUUUCUCACCCUGACUGAAAAUGAUCUCAAAGAAAUAGGAAUCACAUUGUUUGGACCCAAGCGUAAGAUGACCUCGGGUAUUGCAAGGUGGCACAGCAGCGCUCGCCCCCCCAGUGAUGCUCUGGAACAGGCUUAUGCUGACCAACUUGAGGCUGAGAUGCAGGAGAUGGCCAUUCAACUACACAAGCACUGCGAGGAGGCGGAGAGCCUGCAGAGCCAGGUGUCUCAGGAGAAGGAGCUGCGCACUGUGAUGGAGGGAUGCCUGAUGGAGGACAAGAUGGCCUGGAGGAGGGUCCAUACUGAGCUGGUGGAGAACCACCGGCUGACUCAGGACAUGAGCGCCACACUAGCCAAGGCUAGGACCUGCUGUGCUGAACUGCUCUCUGGCUUUACUACUGAUGGCAAUGGCAGCGCUUAUACUGGUGUGGAAGAUAAAGCAAAGGAUGAUACCAGUGUUAAAGUAGCUGCGGACGGCCUGACAUGCUCCAGUGUUGUCGAGAUAAUCAAGAAGCUGGAUUCCUAUGAAGAUCAGCUUGCAGGGACCCUGAAAACCGUGCAGCAGAGCCUGAGGCGACUGAGUGCCCCGGAAAAAGUGUCCGAUAGCUGGGAACGGCCUUAACAUUUCCAGGGAUUUCUGCCAAUAUUCGACGGAGGGUGAUCUCACCACCCUGUACAAGCGCACUGCAACGGGAGAAGGCCAAAGAUGAGGACAGCCCCCCCCACCCCCAUGGGCUCGACGCAGCAGACCUGCUGCCCGUCUGGGAAAGGCUGAUAGACCCGAGCACGCCGGAUGUGGACAAGGCCACGGUUAACGGCAGCUGCUGCAGGGAAAUGACAAGCAGGCAGGAAGGGCACCUGACCCCCCCCCCCACAGAGAGGAGGAGGUGGAGCUGAUCAAGGAUCGGAGGCUGAAAUACUGUGAAACAUUUCUCUCUCCUGAAUAUGAAAUGUGGUUUGAAUAUGCCACCAGGAGAAGAGGUACAUUUCUUAAAAGUAGAGAAGUCAGUUCAGUUCAAAUAAGUUCUGCAGUGAUACUUCGUGAUUUGAAUGAAAUCUUCUCAUUUGUAUGCUGUUUGAAUAUAAUGUCCUGCUGAACGCAUUUUAAAGGAGCUGACGAUAAAGACGUUAAAGUUACAGCAAUUUACACACUUUUCAAUCCAUCUGUGGUCUAGGGUUGGGUACCAUUGAAUUUGAAUGAUUCCAAUUCUUUAAAGGGUGGGAUCAAAACGUUUUACCUGCUGCUUUCACAGAAAACAGUUUUUACAAACCUUUACACAAGUCAACUGCACAACUGACUUCAGUGCAUGGAACCUGGAAAUGAAUUUCAAGCAGUUGCUGUUAUGAGGGCCCCGAGCACUGACAGUGCGAGGACCCUAUUGUUUUUGCUUCGAUUAUUAAAUGAUAUGAUUCAAUCUUUUUUUUCCCCCGUCAAUGCAGUGUAACAUCGAAACCCGCUGAAAUGACAACACAGCAACAGUUGAUUAUUUUCCACUUUAGGGAGCUGCAGCGUGUGGGUGUUUAUGAGACAAAAGGAAUGUCUGUGUGUGGUGCUUGCAACCGAACCAAAUAAGGAUAAGACCAAUGUUAGUUAAUUUUCACUUACCUGAUUGCAAACAGGGUCCUGGCUGUUGGCUGGGUUUGUGAGGGAGAGGGAGACUGGUGUGUAGUCAUGUUAGUUGUGCAUCCUCCCUUGCAUGAAAUAAACGUCACAGGUGUUGCACUGUGCAGACCCCUCAUCUUUUGAACACUUCCUGGGUCCAUGAUGACGCUCAUGGGCGGCUCUUCCCAGACUUUUGUGCUCGCCUGUAAGUUUAUCUUCAAAUAGUCCUGCUUUGGGCAGAAUGGUCCAGUCCAGAGAGAGCACCAGGGCCAGUGUAGCUUGGGAGAUGCAGUGAUGCUUUUAGGAACCGAUAAGCAGAAUCAGAACUUACAUUUCUUAAUGAUUCCAUUGGAAUCGGAAAUUUGGAACCGCUUCUUGAUGUCCACCCUACUGUGGACAGUUAUGAGUCUAAUAAAUCCAGAGCUGAGACUUUAUUAGUGCAAAAUACAAGUUUUAAUUCUUUUUCAAAGCACAAAUAAUUGACCAGUUUCAGAUUUCAAUCAGUGAUGCUGUCAAGUAGUUCAUCUUGUGGAUUCAUUGUGUCUUCUAUAGCAGGAUCCUGUUUUACCCUGAACUCCUUUAAAAUCUUUUCAAUGCUGGAUAUCCGUGGAUGUAUUUAAACUCAAAUAAAACCCAGUUUCCUGAAAGUUGAGGAUGGAUUCUGUCAUUUUUCGGCUUUGUUUUAAAUUGACAGAUACAUGUACUGUACGUAGAAAUGAAACAAACAAACCAUUUUUAAAUUCAAUGUUUUCAUUGACUUGCAAGACAAGUUUGUGCAAAACUGGAAGUUGGAAAACAGCUGCAGGAAACUGUAAUAUUCUUGACAUGUCUUCUGAAUUAAAAUUCAUGCAUAGUAGUAGAGAAAAUCUUGAUUAAAAUUUUUGACAAAGUGUA